GAGAGGUGUGGUAAGGCAUAGGGAAGCAUUGUAGAGCACAGAGAGGUCUGGUAAAAGCCUAUGUAUAUUUUAAACCUGCUAAAUGUAUAGUAGGAAUAUUGCAGAAUUACUGUGCAAAUUAAUUUUGGUAACCCUUUUAUAAAAGAAGCUGCUGUGAAAUGUGUGUGCUGCAGGCUUCAGAAGACCAGUGUAUGGAUUUGUGCUAAAAACAGAAAAAUAAGACUGCUUUAGUAAACCCUGGGAAAUGUUCUGGUAAAAAUACAGAAGAGCCUUCAACAUCUUUCAGUUCAAACAAGCGCGCCAUCAGCCAGUAUUGCAAAAGCCUCGAGUAGAGCUGGAAUGGUCAGUGAUCAACAUAUUAGUAUUUAGUGUCGUGAUUAUUUAUUGUACUGGAAAUUAUUCUCUGUUAAGCUGAGGGGAUAAGCACCCCUGCUAUCGAGAUGGUUUUUUCCACUCUCUUGUGAUCACUAAAUAACUGUGGAUUGCUCCAGACAGUACCAUCUGAGCUGAAACGUGACGUGUUGUUUAAAUCUGAGUUUCCCUUUACUGUUUGCUGUGCUGCAGAUCGCUGUUUGAAAUGAUACUAGCUGGUGUGUUCUGUUCAAACAUACACUGCAUUUCAGGUCUUGCAUCAGACCCAGCACCCGCUGUGAACAGGCUGCUAUCAUUCAUGUUGUCAUGAUGUUGCACAAACUCUGAUCAUUCUUUCAGCUUGAAGAAGAAAAAGCCAAUAACAACAUCCCGAACUUUCCUGGAAUCGGAAAUCCAGAGAAUCAAACAGACAGCAAGAACCCAGUACGGUUUAAACAAAGCAGUUCCGUUAAUCUGACCUCUUCCAUUCGCUACGUCGGUGUCCAGUGAGCAGUUUGAUGUUCUCCUUUUGAAGACACAACCCUAGCUUAAAGAAAGUGCUCGGUUUCCCUGCCUUUCUCUCAGGAAGCCUGUGUUACGCUUGCACUUCCUGUCCAGGUGCACCUCAGAAGUGCCUCGCGGAUGAGUCGGUCGUCAGGCUUGGGUAACGACAGGAAAGAAUCCGUUGCAGAGGUGACCUGGAUGAAAAGUUGAUGGAAUCGUUUUUGGUAGCUGUAGCCGAUUCUCUGCCUCUUGUAUUAUUCCCUGAGCUCAAACACAUCCGAGUCCCGGAGCUGCUCUUCAGUUCUAGCUGCUUCCCGUAGCCAUAUCACACGGACGGCAUCGGCUAACGGGUCUUUAGAAGCGAGCGCCAGCGCCAUCUAGCGGUCUGCCAGUUUUGUAGUGUUGCUGGCAGUACAAAUAUAUAACGUCGCUUUUGGCUGAUCUAGCCCACAUCACACAUGUCUAUGGCAGGCAUCUAGAACUGAAGAGCAGCUCAACACAAGCUAUAAGACUCGCAGUGUUUGUAUAAUGGCAGUGACUCACAGUGAUUGCAAAGGUCAUGAAAGGUAACAGGACAGGGACAAACACAAAUAAGUAAAUGGCAUUCGCUCUUGAAAAAGGCUCAGUUCCGUUCCCGUCAGAAUUGGCCCGGGUUCUUUCCAGCAGCUGUUCUUGACCUACAGCGAUGCAGGGGGUGUUUUAUUGUUUUUAUGCUUAAGCCCCUUGCAGUCACAAGGCUUUGGUUGUACAUUGUGUUUGCGUUUUUCUUUUUUGACAGUUUUGUGGGAAAUGCUGUCCCAGAUUGAACAGUGUGUUGUUAAAAAUGUUCAAUGAGAAUAAAUUGCGUUUUGAAGACGAUCAGGUCUUUGGUUUGGUUAGUUUGGGGUUUGAAGGAGUCUUGGGUGUCUUGUUUCUCUUUCAGUAUGAUUACAUGCAGGCAAAUAUUCCAUCGUACGCAUUCCAGUCAUGUAAACAGCAUGUUCAUAAUGACAUGUGGAAUGUGGAGCUGUCUUGUGGAGUGUUAGUUCAUGUAAACCAGGGCUUCCCAAACUCGGCCCUGGGGACCCCUUGUGGCUUUUAAUUAAGGGUCUAGUUCAGUAAUUGCGAGCUCAGUUUGAAUAAAUACCAGCAGCCACAGGGGGACCCCAGGACCAGGGUUGGGAAGCCCUGCUGUAAACCCUGUGUUCCAAAUACCAGUCUUUCUCUGUCCCUGGACACGUGUGAGACGAUCAUCUUGUAGGCAGGAGUUUCUGAAGCUUGAGAUUCUGGGAUCAACAACCUGCUAACAACCGAACGAGCAAGAUGGGCAGAAUGACCUCCUCUCGUUUUUAACCUUUCUUAUGUAAGUAGUGUGUAAAUACAUACCCAGACGGUGAGGUUUGUAACUUUAUAAUACAUAAUUGAAGCUUGUUUAUAUCUGCUAUUAUGACAUGUUUGCACUGUUUGGUUUUAGCUUACUUUCUAAAAGAAACGUUUACGUUGGGCUUAAAUGCUGCAAGUGAAUUACAAGUAAACAGCGUGUGCUUCCAGAGCUGGCAGAUUGAGGGAGGCUGCCGUACAAAACAGAAAAGCAGCAUCCGUACAAAGAUUGAUGGGGAGAAUAUAUUCAUAGCGUUCUAUCAAAGGCGCGAUGCCUUUCAAACAACCUUCUGUAUCGACCCUUGCCCUUUGUUACAUGCAUCUAGAUAACCACUUGUCCAAUUGUGAGGAAUCUUGCUAAGGUCCUUCUGCUAUUGAGAGGGUAUAUGGAGACUGUAUGGCACACUUCUAUUUUAACAUGGGUCUAGAGAAGCGCUUGAUCUGGAUAUUCUCCAGCACAAGCCGCUGAGGGAAUCUGAAUCUGGGGGUGCACGUAGUCCUAUAGUCUGUUUGCCAGACUUGCAUGUGCACAGCUGCGUCUUUCUAGGAGUCGAGGUGAUCUGCUGAUUCAUGCCGGGAGGGGGGGGGGGGCUUUAUGGUAAUCCGGUAACGUGUUACGUGUAGAGUGCCUCUUUUGAAUCGUUUUGCUACACUUCACCGGAUCCUCUCCAAACUGCCUGAGUGGACAUCUCUCAAAACAGCUGUCUGUAACACUUUUAUACGUCUAGAAGGAUAUGUUCAUUGAGCCCCCCAAAAAAAAAUAUAUAUAUAUUAUUAUUAUUGUUGAAGGUUGCGUUUUUGCGAUGAAACUUGUGCUCAUAUUUAACAGUGUAGUAGCAGGUUGUGUGUGCGUUGCUGGCUGUGGAGAGAUUAGUCGGGUUCAGUGAUGUAAUUAUGAAACAGCCACCGCUGCCUCCCCCAGAUUCACACAGGCGGCUGCUGUCCUGCGGUCCGUCUGGCUGUAUUUGCACUUAUAUUUUGCACGUAUCUAAAAAGGCGCUCAGCAAAUUGUGACGAAACUUGUUAACAUGCACUAAAUUUGAAUAUAUUCCUGCUGCUGCUGCUGCUGUAUUCAUGGAAGGAGUUUGCUGGUUUAUUCCCAGCGGGCUUUAGGGAGAGUCUUGAAAUUACCCUCCCCAGCUAAUAACGAACAUCAGGUUAGUUACUUUGAGUUGCGGUUUUAAGACAAAUGAAAGGGCCAAGGGUCUGUAGAAACUAAUUUCCCAACAAGUGACGGCAUUACAAUGAAAUAUUAGCUGUGGAAACUUUUAAUUGAACUACCACGGGGUAUAUCUGACGAGAUGAACCUGUCUGUUUUCACAUGACCUACUGUUUCUGUCAAAUACUUAAGAGAUACGUAAGAGCAAUUGAGGAUUCAAUACAUAGCAUAGUCUUUCUAUUAAAGGUUAAUAUUUCAAAUAUUGCAUUUCUGCCGGUCACUUUCAGGCAAAAUUCGCAUUUUAUAUAGACCCUUGUCCUAUGAAUAUUAGGAAUUGUGUGGUUAGUUUUUUUUUUUCUUUGUAAAUGUGUUUUAAAGCGUUAUCGCGACAUUUCCCGCAAUGUCUUCAAUGUAUUCGUCUUGUUUUCGUUGACCUUUAGAGGGGUUUAGCAGACGCAGGUUCGUUAGAGAGUGAGACAGUAACAUCGUGACUGUCCCUAACGCGAAGGCGGAUUGGAUCGCUCUUACUGGGAAGGGCAGCUGCAGAGGGAGACAAAGAAAGGACGCUGCCGGGAAGCAGAGCUGGAAGCUGGGGACGGGAGCGCCGACCGCCCGCUGGAUAUCCAACACACCAGGAAUAGAAAUUGCUAAACCAGAGCUGGCAUAAAAAUAUAUAUAUAUAUAUGCAUACAUAACCGAAGCAGUUGUUAAGUGCAAUAUCGUGCGAACAGGAGUCGCGUAGAGGGCACGAAAAUACCAAAUUAUUUCUAUUCGUGAUCUCUGAAAAACGCAGUGAGCAUUUAAAAAUACGCGAACCCAACAAUAGCACUAUAGCACACGUUGAUGGGUUUUUGUGUCGACGCUGUCGGUCAAAUAUGGGACUGCGAUGUAAUGUCUAAUCCCCUUUACAAGAUCGCAACACGUCUGCAGGCUACUGAAAUCCUCGUUUAUAUUACUAGUGUCAGAAUGGUGAACGCGAAGUUUUCAGCCAAUGCGUUAGCGUGUGUUUUAGUAAAUGCAUUGCAGGUUUUCCUUUGAUACAAAGGAGAUUAGGUGAUUUAAAUGCACUGUAGUCUGCAAUCUCCUUGGAAAAUACAGCCUGUAACCAAGGUAGUUAGGCAAAAAAAACAAACAACAAACUGUUAAAAUAAAUGCUACAGUUUCCACAGAACUGUAAAACGUCUCUGUCGUUAUUUUAAGACAAGACGUUAAGAGUAAUACUUUUACAACAAUAAUUGUAAAUCGACUUGUGUUCUUUGAAAGCCGUUUAAAAUUGCUGUUUAAAUUUAAAACAAUAUAUACUGUUUAUUUAAUAGUUUGCUGUGCAAACCUAUAUUUAUGGUUAUAUUUAAAAGCAUAUAAGCGCAUCAUUAGCCCUCCUAAAAAGUCUGUAUUUAUUUGAGCUAUAAAUAAGUAAUCUGAUUUUGAAACUAUUUUUAAAUAACACAGGGUUUUUUUUUAGCUGAACAUUUUAACUCUGCACUUUGUAUUGUUAUUUUUAUUAAAAAAAAAAAAAAAAAAAGGAACGCAGACCUAUUUUUUGCCUCAGAAUUGUAAAGCCGAACUGAGGUAUUUCCCUAGCCCAGAAUGAACGGGUUCCAGUCCAGUCCGCAGGACGGCCCGGCCGGGACUGCGUGCUCUGUUGAGGGGCUCCCCCCGCUCCCCAAAGGGCUCAGCGGCAUCCUGAACUCGAGCGGCGGGUCCUGGCGUGACAUUGAGAAGGUCUACAGCAAGAAAACUCGCAUCCAGGACGACCUGAGCAAGUCCCGGUCCAGCAGCACCGAUAAACUGGGCCGGGACAAGCCGGCCAACCUCGACGCAGCCCUGGCCACGCUCCGAAAAGAAAUGGUGGGUCUGAGACAGCUAGACAUGUCCCUGCUGUGCCAGCUGUGGUCCCUGUAUGAGUCCAUCCAGGAGUACAAGGGGGCCUUCCAGGACUUGUCCUCCUCCUUGAUGUCUGAGGGCUCCUUCACCACUGAGAACGGCUUCUCUGAAGACGAAGAAGAGGACGAGGACUUCAGCCCCCCGCCCGGGACCCCCCUCAGCCUGCCCCAGCCCGCACACAACUCCCGGGACCAAUGGAUACAGGAGUCCUUCCACAUCCCUCUGUAGGACUGCAUAGAGCAUCCUUCAUCCAUCUCUCCAUCUCCACCUAUAGACCUCAAACCAGCCACACAGCUCCAGAUCACUGGAUACAGGAGUCCUUCCACAUCCCUCUGUAGGACUGCAGACCCAAACCAGACAGCAGCCUUCGUCCAUCCAUCCAUCCAUCUCUCCUGCCUUUCUAUACAAUCUGAAGCCAGCCCACCCACACAACUCCAGACAAAGGAUCGUGAACCAGGAUCCUGCCACAUCCCACUCUGACUGACCUCAAACCACUGAAUCACUGAAAAUAUUUUUAAGGGGCAAAUUAUCAACAAGGUUCGGGUAGAGAAGCAGGAUUAAUGAAAACAGGACCCAUUAUUAUUGUUAUUAUUAUUAUUAUUAUUAUUAUAUUUGUAAUUGAAUGUAAUAUUUUCUGGGAAUGUAUCAGUGUUAGUGGAAAAGAAACCUGAUCAGUAUUGAUGGGUUCAUUUCUGUGUUUUCCAGGUAAAUCCUGGGGGUAAUAGUUGGACUAUCGGAAACGCAGCUCAUCUGCUUCCUCUGUUCUCUGAGUGCAAUCUGUGUGAAGCUGGCAGAGGCAACCUGCACCUGUGAUAACGUUAAACACACAGACCUGUAUCACACUGCCACUCCUUGGUCUUCACAUGCCUGCAAGUGUAAUCUCGGAAUGGAAAGGCAUGGGUUUUCACCGUGGUUUUACCUGCUUGAAUCGGCUCAGGUUUUGGGUGAAAGUCAGUCAAUACAGACCUAUGGCUUUUGUAAAAUCCAGGAACGUUUCAGUAGAAACCGAGAAUAGGGUCUUGAAUUGAAAGCUGUAAAUUGAUCCCAAUAGCGUUUGGACAUGAAAGCUACAGGGCAGCCUUAUUAGCUUGUAGAUGAAAACUCUUCUCUUAAAAAACAAAUGCUAUUUUUGAAACCAAAACCCUAUUAUUAUUAUUAUUAUUAUUAUUAUUAUUGAUGACUAGUUCUCUGGAACUUCACUUUUAUAUGCUGCUACACUUUUAAACACAUCACAGUAUUAUUAUUA